AUGAAGACGGUGAUGAGGCGCAGACUGAGCAGGUGUCAGACGAGUGACGAGGAGGUUCUGCUGCAGGCAGACCAAGGCAAGCGGAGCGCAAACCGGAGACGUGUCUUCCAUGCCUCCAGGAGGCGCGUCGGCAUUCACGGCUGGAGCUCAAGCAAGUCUCUCUGCCAGUUUCGGCGGGGGCGCCCGCGUGCUUCCAUUCACCCCUGCCGGGAGGACGGCAGACCCAUGCAGUCGUCAGCGCUCAAGUGUGGUGUCGCGGCGCACGUGAAGGAGGAUACCGAUCUGGCCAAUCGCAGUACGGGAAGCUGUUUGGCCUGA